CUGCGGAGCUCCUCUGAUGGGAGCGGUUCUAAACGGGCUAAUCAUUACAGCCGGAAUUUUGACUUGCCGGGAGAUUCUGCGCCGGCGGAGCGUAAUCCCGAGUGUUUUGGCGGACCGAUGCUGCCGAUUUUCCUCGACGAUUUGAGGAGGAAUAAUGAGGAGGAGGAGAAUCGACCGGAGUCGGUGGAGGUCGUCACGGUCCAGCCUCCGAUCGAUGACAAUUCCGCCGUCCUCUGCAGCGUCAGUCCCCGUAAUCAGGCGCACGGCGGCGGCGGCGGAAAAGCUGAGGGCGGGAUUCUAGGGAGGACGAUUUCGGCUGCGUCGAAGCUUCACAGGAAAUUGUCGCGGCUGAGGUCGCCGUCCAGAGCCUCGUCGUCGUCCGACGGCGGCGCGGACGGGGAUCAGAAUCCGCAGCAGAAGCAGUGCAAUGUCAACCUGACGGCGGCGUUGGCGCGGCGCGAGGCGAUGAGGUCGAAUUUGCAGCUCGUGAGGAACCGAUCGAGCGCCCAGCGUGCUCUCGGAGGGCUCAGAUUCAUCAGUAAAACUGGGGAAGAACCUCAAGCUCAAGCCGCCGAGCUAUGGAGAAAAGUGGAAUCUCGCUUCGACGCAUUAGCUAAGGAAGGUUUGCUCUCCAGAGAAGAUUUCGGCGAUUGCAUUGGAAUGGCGGAUUCGAAGGAGUUCGCGGUGGGCGUGUUUGAUGCACUGGUGCGGCGGAGGCGGCAGAACACGGCGAGGAUAACGAAAGCAGAGCUUCAUGACUUUUGGCUGCAGAUUUCAGACCAGAGCUUUGACGCCCGUCUCCAGAUUUUCUUCGACAUGGCAGAUAGCAAUGGCGACGGGAGGAUCACGCGAGACGAAGUGCAAGAGCUGAUAAUGCUGAGUGCUUCCGCAAAUAAGCUCUCCACAUUGAAAGAACGUGCAGAUGAGUAUGCUUCUUUAAUCAUGGAGGAAUUAGACCCUGAAAAUAUUGGAUAUAUUGAGUUAUGGCAGUUGGAAACACUACUACUGCAAAGGGAUAGAUAUAUGAAGUACAGUAGACAACUGAGCACAGCAAGUGUAGGAAAAACUCCAAAAAUAGGACCACAAAAUUCUAAGAAUAUAAUAAAGAGAGCAAGGUGUGCACUCAAGUGUCUUGUACUAGAGAACUGGCAAAGAGGCUGGAUCCUACUGCUAUGGCUGAUUGCCAUGGUUGGGCUUUUCACAUGGAAAUUCCAACAGUAUAGGCAAAAGGCAGCUUUCCAAAUAAUGGGUUACUGCUUGCCGACAGCUAAAGGUGCCGCAGAGACACUCAAGUUCAACAUGGCUCUCAUCCUUUUACCAGUUUGUCGAAACAUAUUGACAUGGUUACGAUCCACAAAAGCAAGGCUAUUCAUCCCUUUUGAUGACAAUAUUAAUUUCCAUAAGAUUAUAGCAUAUGCCAUAGCAGUUGGAAUCGUACUCCACGCAGGAAAUCAUUUAGCGUGUGAUUUCCCCCGUCUAAUUAACUCAUCAACAGAGAAAUUUGCACUUAUAGCAGAAGAUUUUAAUGGAGUUAGGCCCACUUACAGAAGUGUUUUGACUGGUGCCGAAGGCGUGACUGGCAUACUGAUGGUGGUUUUGAUGGUGGUUUCCUUCACAUUAGCCACAAGGCAAUUCAGGAGAAAUAUCUUGAACCUACCACCACCACUGCACCGGUUAACAGGCUUUAAUGCCUUCUGGUAUUCUCACCACCUUCUUGCUCUAGUGUAUGUACUACUUCUAGUACAUGGAAAUUUCUUGUUCCUGGUCCACAGAUGGCAGAAUAAGACGACGUGGAUGUACAUAUCUAUUCCUCUGAUCUUAUAUGUAGCAGAGCGGAGUUUGAGAACAUGUCGAGCAGAACACUAUGCAGUUAAAAUACUAAAGGUUUCCGUACUUCCAGGAGAUGUCUUCAGUUUGGUUAUGGCAAAGCCAAAUGGUUUCAAUUACAAGAGUGGGCAGUACAUAUUCUUGCAGUGCCCCAUAAUAUCCCCAUUUGAAUGGCAUCCAUUUUCGAUAACAUCAGCACCAGACGAUGACAACCUUAGUAUUCACAUUCGUACUGUAGGAGACUGGACGAAAGAGCUUAAGAAAGUCUACACAGAGGAUGCAGGCUCAGUGUGUGAGAUAGGUCGAGCAAAGUUUGGAGAACUCGGCAAUGUUAAUCAACGAGUUUUACCCCGAUUGCUGGUUGAUGGACCAUAUGGUGCCCCUGCACAGGACUACCAUAGCUAUGAUGUGUUGCUUCUUGUAGGACUUGGUAUUGGAGCUACACCCUUCAUAAGUAUCCUUAGGGACCUACUAAACCAUUCGAGAACAGAAGAUCUAACGGAUUCAAAUACAGAAACCAGUGCAUCAGAUGACAGCUGGACGAGUUUUAGUUCUUCAAGUAUAGCAUCAACUGUAAAGAAGGAAAGCCGAAAGACCAAAAGGGCACAUUUCUAUUGGGUAACAAGAGAACCUGGAUCAUUUGAGUGGUUCAAAGGAGUGAUGAAUGAAGUUGCAGAGAUGGAUCACAAAGAUCAGAUAGAUAUGCACAAUUAUCUAACAAGUGUUUAUGAAGAAGGUGAUGCCAGGUCAACACUCAUUACUAUGGUCCAAGCACUUAACCAUGCAAAACAUGGUGUUGAUAUCCUCUCGGGUACCAGGGUCAGGACACAUUUUGCACGCCCAAAUUGGAAUGAAGUAUUCAGUAAAAUAGCUUCAAAGCAUCCUCAUUCUACAGUAGGAGUUUUUUACUGUGGGAUGCCAGUAUUGGCAAAGGAAUUGAAGAAGCUAUCACAAGAAUUGACGUAUAAGACUACAACACGCUUCGAGUUCCACAAGGAAUGCUUUUGAAACAUUGAACAUUGGGCACUAAUGCAUGCAUCAUCUCUUUUAAUUGCUUUAAUUUAUGUAAAUUCUCACAGUUAGGAGCCACACGUAUACAUAUAUACUAUCAAAAUAUCUCACACAUCACCAAAAAAUAGUGUUUUUUGUCCACGGUUGAUCUAAUUUUUGUAAGACCAUGUGUGCAAUGAACAGAAACACUUAUUGCGUAACAAGUAUAUAGGAGG